GGAGGACUGUGUGAACAGAGGCAGUGAGGCAGUGGAUAUGAGCACAUCAGAGCUGUAGUCAGAACAGAGCGCAGCUGCCCUAACAUGCCUUCCCUGACACAGCACAGCUACCUCUGCGCUCAAAUGAAGGUUUGGAGUCGAAGCUGAGAAUGGCAGGAGAUUCUCGUGUCCACAUGGACCACGACAUGGAGAUAGGAGUGACACCAAGAGAGCAGGUGAAGAAACUCCCCAAACACCUGAGGGAAUCACAAAUUUCUACAGAUCGCACUCACCUCAUCUCAGACCCCGUUAAGAAACCCCGCCAGCGCUAUGUACAGAAAGACGGCAAAUGCAACGUUCAUCAUGGCAACGUUCAAGAGACAUACCGUUAUCUCAGCGACCUCUUCACAACACUGGUUGACUUGCGUUGGCGCUUAAGUUUCUUCAUUUUCACACUGGUCUACGUAGUCAACUGGCUCUUCUUUGGCUUCUUAUGGUGGCUUAUCGCGCUCAUACGAGGAGAUCUUCUACACACAGAUGAGGAGGGCUGGACCCCUUGUGUGGAAAACCUCAACAGCUUUGUUUCAGCUUUCCUCUUCUCCAUUGAAACCGAAACCACCAUUGGAUAUGGCUACCGGGUCAUCACUGAGAAGUGUCCAGAAGGGAUCAUUCUCCUACUGGUGCAGGCCAUCUUAGGAUCCAUUGUAAAUGCCAUGAUGGUGGGUUGCAUGUUUGUAAAGAUCUCACAGCCCAAGAACCGGGCAGAGACACUUAUGUUCUCCCACAAGGCUGUGAUUUCGGUGAGGGACAACAAGAUGUGCCUGAUGUUCAGAGUGGGUGACCUGCGGAAUUCACAUAUUGUGGAAGCAUCAAUCCGAGCCAAACUCAUUCGUUCACAGCAGACCAAGGAGGGCGAGUUCAUUCCACUCAACCAGACGGACAUCAACAUUGGCUUUGACACAGGAGAUGAUCGCCUCUUCUUGGUAUCACCCCUCAUUAUUUCACAUGAGAUCAAUGAGAAGAGUCCUUUCUGGGAGAUGUCCCGGGCACAAAUUGAGAAGGAGGAGUUUGAGAUAGUAGUCAUCUUGGAGGGCAUGGUCGAAGCUACAGGCAUGACCUGUCAGGCACGCAGCUCCUACUUGGACUCAGAAGUGCUGUGGGGCUACCGCUUCACCCCAGUGCUUUCUUUGGAAAAGGGCUUCUACGAAGUCGACUACAACAACUUUCACGACAUAUACGAGACCAACACUCCCACCUGCAGUGCCAAAGAACUAGCUGCUAGACUAAAAGAGAGCCCACUUCUUCCUCACCUCCCUCUUCUUAGCCCUGACCUCAGACAGCACACGCCAGAACCCUUCUCCAUCCAAAACCCCCCAUCUACGCUUGAGGAGAGGGAGAAGGAGGGAGAGACAAACAAUGGCUCUGCCAACCGUUUGGAGGAAAAUACUUAGCUGGAGAGCCUUCUCUUAACAGACUCAGGACUGUGUAGUGAUUGGAAAGCUACUUUUCCCUUGCAUGGAGAGAUAACCUUGCAAUAGCCAUGCAAUACAACCCUUGAUUUCUCUAGAGAGCCGAGCUGAUGUGUAGACUGAGGUUAGAUGCACAAAGAGAUGAGAAUCCAUAUUUUUAAUGCAUAUGUUAUUGAUGCCAACAAAUUACAUGCAUACUUUAUAAUCUCUUUUAGCUUUUUAACUAAUUUUCAUGCUAUCAAUCAACGUCCUGUACUGCAAGGACAAAAGAGUAGCCAUAUGCCCUUCAAUCCCAGAACAAAUGAAUGACCCAUAGGGCUUCCUGUGAGGUCAUACCCCUUAGUACAACCAUUGCAAAUCAGCUUUAAUAAAAUCUCAGUGCAAAGACUCUUUGAAAUAUAGAGCCAAUAUCAAAAUUGUGCCAAUGCUUGUGUGUUUAACUGUGAUGAAGGCCACAAUUAUGGAGUACAGUUUUAUUUCUUCAAGCUCUUGUAGCUAAAUUAUAUUGUAUAUUUUCUCUGUAUUAUAAUUAUGAUAUCAAUUACCCCUUCAUUAUGAGGUACAUAUUGCAUAAGUUUUGGCUUGCAAAAUUAGAGCCAAGAUGAAAAUUAUAUUUAUUGCACCAGAUACAAGCACAACCAAUGCAGUGACAGAUGUGCAGUAUGCAAACCUGCAUUCAAAAGUAAAACACUGGUGAAAAAUGGAAGUCGGUUGAUCUGGUUUAAGAAAUGUUGCUAUUGUCUGAAAUCUAUUGUCUCUAUGAAACAUAUGGUAACAAUUUACAUUAAUGUUCCCUUAGUUAAGGGUUUAUAAAGGGGUUCACCAAUAACUCAUUUAAAUGCAUUAUACAUCACUGAUGUGCAUUUAUAACAACAUGAAUAAAAAGGGAGACUGACAUGCAAUACUUGCCUAUUAGCAAGCCAUUUUACCUUACGUUGGAUAAAUGAUUAAUAACAUUUAUUCAACAUUAGUAACCUAUGAAAAUGUACCAUAAUGUAAGGUGGACACAUGAAGAAUUUAUUAAGGAGUUGCCAACAUAAGAAACCUAUGUACAUAAAGUUCAGUAUGGUUUAGUGGUCAACAGGAUUUAUUAUAUGAUAUAUCAUUUGAAUGAGCAUGAAGACCUGAAAAGUAUUUUUGCAGAAACUUUAUUUAGCUGUGACUAGAAGUUGGGACACCACUCAGAGUAGUACCAUUCUUUUGAUAUUAAUGUGACAUAUAAACACACGUGAGACAAGACAUUACAGUAAUCAAUAUAGAAACAAAUCGAGCUGUAACAAAAUGACAUAAUCCCUUUUAUUAAUCUCUCUACAGUAGUAUACGUUUGCU